UAUAAUAUCUCCAUAUCUCCAUUCCCCUUAUCAGGGAGAGUGUAGGUGUGGACUUCCAAGAAGAGUUAUCAGACAUGCUGCUGCUCAAGAUGUUGCAGGCAGCCACCCGAGCAUCGGCCGACAAAGACAGAGUGAAGUCUAACGCAGUGCGUGCACUCGGGAAUCUGCUUCAUUUUCUGCGUCACAGUCAGCUGACCCGGUCUGCGUUCCAGCGCCCGCUGGAAGACGCAGUCCGUGCUCUGGUUAAAACUGUCCAAUCAGAAGCCACUAUGAAGGUCCGAUGGAAUGCUUGCUAUGCAUUGGGAAAUGCUUUCAGAAACCCUGCCCUGCCGCUCGACUCGGCCCCGUGGUCUAGCGACGCGUUCUCCUCCCUCUGCCAUGUCGUCACUUCCUGUAAGAACUUCAAGGUGCGGAUCAAGUCUGCCGCUGCCCUGGCAGUCCCCGCCCACCGCGGCUGCUACGGGGACACGAAGCGCUUCAGCUGUGUGUGGCGUUCCCUGGCCACGGCCCUGGAGAACAGCGAAGACACAAACGACUUCUUAGAGUACCGCUACAGUGCCAGCCUGCGACACACACUCUCACAAGCUCUCCUACACCUGCUCAGCGUCAGCCAGUCACAGGACAUGCCUGCACUCGGGGCAUCGCUGGCUGGGGAGGAGGGGAGGGGCAUCAAAGAGCAUUUGAUCAAAUAUCUCAGAGCAGAGGAUGGAGGAGGAGAGGGGGCACAGGGAGAGAAAGACACAGGGGGGGAUGGUUUCACCCCUCAGCAGAGAAUCGGAGGUCUGCAGCAGACCCUGAUCAGACUGAAGGUGUUGAAGGCUGAAGAGGAGGGACGGGGAGAGGAGGAGAGGGGAAAAGAGGUGGUGGUGGUAGUGGUUAAUUUCCUGGAGGAUUUGUUAAGGACCUGUGAAGAGCUGUAAGGAGUCUCUUUCCAGCUGCAGCGGUGGCUUUCAGAAAACUAAGAUCACACUGGUCUUUAAGGUUGAACAGAUCAGCGCGAGCAGACAGUCGGAGAAGAAACAUCCAACCACAAACUAACUGAUGACCAGCGGCAAAGAUUCUGUAACCAGCUUUGCCAUAAUGUAAUCUAAGGACAUCACAAGGAACCACAAGACUGCCUUGAAAUUCUCAAGGCAGUCUAGGAUUAUGUACAUUAAUACGUUUUGAAGCUGGCAGUGCUUUUUUAUAUCUUUUUAUCUGUUUAAUUACACUUGCACUCUUCUAUGGAUUAACUUGUGAUAAACAAUGACAUGUAGGGAAAUUACAUUUUGAGAACAAAUGUAUAGACCAACCAAAUUAAUAUUAGAGCUGGUUACACAAUAUGAAUUCACUGAACAGUCAUUAAAUGAUAAAUUAUUCAUUUAAUGACUGUUCAGUGAAUUCAUAUUGUGUUGACAUCAACAUAUUGUAUCAUUGUUUAACAAAUUUAAGUUAAUUAUUUAUUGUUUUGUGGAGAGUUAUGUCUGAGGUGAUGCAUAACAGUGGAACAUGGUUGAUUGCAUUGUACAUGAAUUUGAUUGUUUUAUUUGUCAUUUACAAAAAUCUGCCAUAUCGAGACAUAUGUUGAUGUUUGAAAAAUAUUUUUUAAAACAUUACAGUGAUAUUGCCCAGCCAUAAUUCAGAUUAUGAGGUACACUACUUUGUCUGUGUCAACACAGCAAUAAUGACGCUGACUGGACUGACAAACAGGACAUCUGCACAGUGUGGUAGAUGUUCAAAACAAUAAAUACAGUAAUUUCCCACA